AGCGGGGUUGGGCCGCGGCGGCGGGGCUGUCUGAGGCAGCCGUCCCGCCCCCUCCCGUCCGGCCGCCGCCGCCACCGCCGCCGCUAACUGGGGCUUGGCUGAGGUGGCUUGUGGGUCCCAGCGGAGUGUGGCGCCGCCGCCGCCGCGCGAAGGGGCAAAAGUGGGCAGAUUACUCAAGAAAUAUGCUCUGAAUCCAAGUGUGAAUUCACUUGUUCACUUGGCUGGUGGAAAAUUUUUGUAGGUGAACAGGAGUGAACUUUUCUUCCAGAGACUACAAAGCAGCAUUUUUCCCCCCAUUUGAGUGCCUCCAAACAAUAGUGUUUGUUACACGUUGCUUUUUCUGGAAGGAAACUUCAGGAAUAUGGCUCCUGCAAGUCAGAAAAUGGGUAAGAAGAGCCGAGUGAAAACGCAGAAAUCAGGCACUGGUGCUGCAGCAAGCGUGUCCCCGAAGGAAACCUUGAACCUGACCAGUGAGCUUUUGCAGAAAUGCAGUAGCCCUGCCCCUGGCCCUGGAAAAGAAUGGGAAGAGUAUGUGCAGAUCCGGUCUCUAGUAGAGAAAAUACGAAAAAAGCAAAAAGGUCUGUCUGUUACUUUUGAUGGAAAAAGAGAAGAUUACUUUCCUGAUCUAAUGAAAUGGGCCUCUGAAAAUGGAGCCUCUGUUGAGGGUUUUGAAAUGGUGAACUUCAAAGAAGAGGGCUUUGGUUUGAGAGCAACAAGAGAUAUCAAGGCAGAAGAAUUAUUUUUAUGGGUUCCACGAAAAUUACUAAUGACUGUUGAAUCUGCUAAAAAUUCAGUGUUGGGGCCCUUGUAUUCUCAAGACCGGAUUCUUCAAGCCAUGGGAAACAUCACACUGGCCUUCCAUCUGCUGUGUGAGCGGGCCGACCCUAACUCGUUCUGGCAGCCCUACAUUCAGACCCUCCCCAGCGAGUACGACACCCCCCUCUACUUCGAGGAGGAUGAGGUUCGCUACCUGCAGUCCACACAGGCCAUACACGACGUCUUCAGCCAGUACAAGAACACGGCGCGGCAGUACGCCUACUUCUACAAGGUCAUCCAGACCCAUCCUCAUGCCCACAAACUGCCCUUGAAGGACUCCUUCACUUACGAGGACUACAGGUGGGCGGUCUCUUCCGUUAUGACUCGACAAAACCAGAUUCCCACGGAGGAUGGCUCCCGGGUGACCCUGGCUCUUAUUCCCCUGUGGGACAUGUGCAACCACACCAGCGGCCUGAUCACCACCGGCUACAACCUGGAAGACGACCGCUGCGAGUGUGUGGCCCUGCAGGACUUCCGGGCCGGAGAGCAGAUUUACAUUUUUUAUGGCACUCGGUCAAAUGCAGAGUUUGUGAUCCACAGUGGUUUUUUCUUUGACAAUAAUUCACACGACAGAGUGAAAAUAAAGCUUGGAGUGAGUAAAAGUGACCGGCUCUACGCCAUGAAGGCCGAGGUCCUGGCUCGCGCUGGCAUCCCAACCUCCAGCGUCUUUGCCCUGCAUUUCACGGAGCCGCCCAUCUCCGCCCAGCUACUAGCUUUUCUCCGAGUUUUCUGCAUGACCGAAGAGGAGCUGAAAGAACACUUGCUGGGAGACAGUGCCAUUGACAGAAUCUUCACCUUGGGGAACUCGGAGUACCCUGUCAGCUGGGACAACGAGGUCAGACUGUGGACGUUUCUUGAAGACCGAGCCUCGCUUCUUCUGAAAACAUAUAAGACAACCAUUGAGGAAGAUAAAUCGUUCUUGAAAAACCACGACCUUUCCGCCCGUGCCACCAUGGCCAUCAAGUUGCGCCUAGGUGAGAAGGAGAUACUGGAGAGAGCUGUCAAGAGCGCGGCCGCGAACCGGGAGUUCUACCGGCGGCAGAUGGAGGAGCGCGCGCCGCUGCCCAAGUACGAGGAGGGCGGCGCCGGGCUGCUGGAGGGCGUGGCGGACUCGCGGCUGCCGCUGGUGCUGAGGAACCUGGAGGGGGAGGCGGGCGCGCAGGAGGCCUUGACCCUCAGCGAGGCCGUCCGCAGGGCCCAGGCCGUAGAGCACGGGCUCGUCAACGGCGAAAGCUCUAUCCCCAACGGGACCAGGUCAGAGAAGGAAACUGUAACUCAAGAGGAAAGUAAAAGAGCGGCUGGAGACGCCAAAGAACCUUCUUCCGACAGCGCCGAGGACGUUGCAAAGUAGACCCGGGUUCGCCCGAGGUUAUGAACAGGCCCGUUUACAUCGCUGUGUUUCCCUGUUCACGGUUUUCUUUCUGCUGAGAGAAAAAUAUGUUUUUGCUGCUUUAUAUAAAAAUGAUUUUUUUAAGUUAUUUAAAAAAUCUAGCUUCCCUUUCUGAUUAUGAUUGCCAUCUUGCUUCUAGGCCAAACCAACCAGUUGCCCAAGCAGAACACAGAGGGGAGAGGCGCCUCGGAAGGUUCUGCAGGCCCUCUGCGGGCAGACCCCUUUUCUUCCUGGGAAAGGGUGCAGCUCCCGGUCCGCGGUGCUGCUGUGGGCCUGGCCUCAGCAGCCAGGGGCAGGCCCGCCCGGCCUCCUGCCUGACGGGGGCGCUCGGGGGUGCCCAGCGGAAAACGGGCUUGAGGUUAGGGAACCUGGGAGCCUGGGCAAAAAAAAUGAAAUCCUCUCAUUUUUUUUUUCCUAAAAAAAUAAUGCCCCAGUACCAAAAGAAAAGGAAAGGUGGCAACCUUAUUUUUAAUAGUUUUAAAUGUUGAUAAUCCUAAUGAUAUAAACACGCAGAGAGAGACACACACACACACACACACACACACACACACAUAUCUAGUGAUUUCUAAAGAUUUGUUUACUUUGUGUUUUGUUUUACUGUGCUAAGAACUUGUCCUUCCUCCUGGAAUCAAAGUAGGACAUGCAUAUCCUGCCCCUAAAUUUCCGCGUUGGCUCUGAUUGUAAAGCGGUGCGUUCGCCCUCCACCCCGGCGUCGGAGAGCCCAUGAGGGCACCGCGGCUGUGUUUAGGCGAGGCCGCUCCGGCUUCUCUGGUUGUCACAACAAGCUAGAGAUUUUCAAAGCUACACUUUUGAGUAAAAAGCCUUAUUAAAAGGAAAACGUGAUUAAUA